AUGCUGAAAUUGAUCACUACCGCUCUAAUCGCAGUCUAUCUGCUGAUGAAAAUUGUCGCUCUGGCCAAAAAUUACAGUCGAGCUCGUCGUUCUGGCUUCCCGGUGUACAUCUCCCCGGUUCCCUCUGAGAACAUAGUUUGGAUGGUCACUGCUCCCAUUCUCCUGCGUUAUUUGAAGAAUUAUCUGCCCCAAGGGAUUUAUGACCGACUUGACGUGACUCUCCAUGGUUGGGAGUUUCGACAAAACGGGGCAAUUUUCCGUCGAGUGGCCAAAACAUUUAUGUUGGUCACACCAGAUGAAGUCAGCUUCUGGUCUGCAGAUCCAGCCCUUGGAAAGGCGGUCCUGCAGCGACGGAAGGACUUCCCUGUACCUCCAUCCGUCGCUCAGUUCAUGGGAAUUUUCGGAUCGAAUUUGCUUCAGACAAAUGGCGACGAGUGGCAGCGUCAACGACGUAUCAUAGCUCCCAACCUCAACGAGCGCAUUAGUGCAGUUGUCUGGAAGACAAGCUGCGAACAGGCACAAUCAAUGCGUACUUACAUGCUCCAGAACCCUGGCAAUGAAGUUCUCAGCGGACUGCGAUGUCUAGCAAUCAAUGUGCUUGGUCGAGCCAGUUACGGGCAACAUGCAGCAUGGACGCCCCAGCUUCAGGAUAGCGUGGACGAAAGUGUCGACGCAAGAGAAUCGUACUUCAAAACCGUCGCCAUGGUAGCUGAAAAGUUAAUCUUUGCGGCUCUUGUUCCCACUUGGAUGCUCAAGUUGCCAGUUUGUCCGGCAGCUUUUCGCUCCCUUGGCAACCACAUCGAGAAGAUGCCAUCAUAUACAAAGCAGGUGCUCGAGAAGGAACGCAAAAUGGCGGCAGACGGAUUUUCGACUAACGACAAUAUACUUAGUAUGUUAGUCCGGUUUUCAGAUCAGGCGAAGCAAAGCGAAACCAAAGCGUCGGGUCCGUCCCUGUCGCUGACUGAGGACGAAAUCAGCGGGAACUUGUUUAUUGUCAGCACUGCCGGGUACGAUACCACGGCUCACACUAUGGGGUACGCGGUGAUUCUCCUGGCUGUGUAUCCGGAAUGGCAGGAAUGGAUGCGCGAGGAAAUGAGUGGUCUCGACUCGAACGUAUCGCAAUGGAAGUACGAGGAGGUGUUUUCAAAAUGCCCUCGCACCUUGGCUGUAAUGCAUGAAACCCUCCGUCUCUUCACUCCCGUUCUCCACUCUCUUCGUUAUGUCCCCGAGUCGCAGCAGCUCGUAUCAUCUGACAAAGAAGUCCAUCUACUCAAAGGCCCUAUGUCAGUUUACGUGUCGACACACUCUAUCCACGCUGACCCUGAGAUCUGGGGCCCCGACGCUUGGGAGUUCAAGCCCUCCCGGUGGAUUGGCAGCGACGGCGAAGUCAUCACGCCUCCCUCGGGGACAUUUCUGCCGUGGUCAGGCGGACCUAAAGGCUGCCCCGGCAUCAAGAUAUCACAGGUGGAGUUUGUAGCCGCUUUUCUGACCCUAUUUCAUUCGUCGAGAUGUGAGCCUCUGGCUGCCGAGGGCGAGAAUAUGGAGGACAAGCGGGCCGAGUUGAAAGAGUUGCUGAAGGAGGCAGUUUCGCAAGUGACGCUCACGGUCAAAGAUCACGCAUCGGUGAAGUUGCGAUGGGUGACUGCGUAG